CACCAGCUGAUGCGGCAGCGCUGGAGAGUGGGACAAGUGGAGAAACUUCGCGAACGUAGGUUUCGAAUGAAAACUUAGCGCUUUUACACGUUAUCUUUAAUUCAUGUCAAAGACAUGCCGAGAAAAAAGCCGUUCAGUAACAAACAGAAGAAGAAGCAACUUCAGGUGAAACGGGAGAGGAAGAGAGGGGACACCGGUUCUGGUCCCAACAGUCGCAAUGCAAGUACGGAACGGGGAAAGGAGAGGGAGCCCCAGUCCGACACCUCGGACAGCGAGACAACGGAUGUGAGGAAGAUCAAUCAGCAGCCUUCCCACAGGGAAGGGAGACAUGACCCUAACAGGUACCGCCUGCACUUUGAGAAGGAGAGUCGGGAGGAGGUGGAGAGGAGGAAGAAAAGGGCACGGGAGAAAAUUCUUGAGCCGGCAGCAGAGGCAGAUCUUGAGAUUGACAUCAAUGACAUCUAUCCUCCAGAGAAAGGGUUGGAUUUCCCACGUAGACCCUCCUGGCAUUAUGAGAUGACAAGAGAACAGCUACUUAGAAAGGAAGAAAAAUUAUUUGGAGAGUUUCUGGAAACCCUGCACUCUAAAAACCCACCUGGCUCCCUAAGCCACUUUGAACACAACCUUGAGACUUGGCGACAGCUGUGGAGAGUGUUGGAAAUGUCUGAUGUGGUUCUUCUCAUUGUAGACAUCAGGCACCCAGUUCUUCAGUUCCCAGCAGCUCUGUAUCAUUAUGUCACCAAUGAGCUCCAUAAGCAGGUUAUCCUGGUUCUGAACAAAGUGGACCUUUGUCCUGCAGCUCUGGUACUGGCCUGGAAACACUAUCUCUCCAGUCUGUUCCCCCAUUUGCACUGUGUUUGCUUUACUUCUCACCCAGGGCAGCCGUACAGCACAGUACUCCAGAAGAAGAGGAUACGAAGGAAAGUGGGCUGGUGUCAGGCAGGAGGUCCUGUACAGAUACUAAGGGCAUGUCAGGACAUUGUUGCUGGUAGAGUGGACCUCAGCAGCUGGGAGCAGAAGAUCCAAAGAGAUGCUGCUAAUGACUGCCAGGAAGGGGAGUUGUUGGAAGAGGGAGAGUCUGUGUUGGUGGAACACUACAGUGAUGUUGCCAUGGAGAUGGUCAACUCUUCGCAGGAGCUUUACAAGGAUGGGGUCCUCACCCUGGGUUGUAUUGGCUUCCCAAACGUGGGGAAAUCUUCUGUGCUUAACAGCCUUGUUGGAAAGAAGGUGGUGAGUGUGUCUCGGACACCAGGACAUACCAAGUACUUCCAGACCUACUACCUGACCCCCACCGUUAAGCUUUGUGACUGUCCUGGGCUGGUAUUUCCUUCACGUGUGGACAAACAGCUGCAGAUCUUGGCUGGUAUAUAUCCAAUUGCCCAGCUCCAGGAGCCCUACAGCUCUGUAGGGUAUCUCUAUGAGAGGAUGCCCUUCCACGCCAUUCUCAGGCUCAAACACCCCAACGGCGAAGGAGAGGAUGGAGAAGCAAAGUGGACAGCAUGGGACAUAUGUGAAGCUUGGGCUGAGAGAAGAGGGUACAAAACUGCUAAAGCAGCCAGGAAUGAUGUGUACAGAGCUGCCAACAGUCUACUGCGACUGGCUGUUGAUGGGCGAAUCUGUCUUUGUUUGAGACCACCUGGGUACACACCCCAAAGAGAUAAGUGGGAAAUCCACCCAGAAGUUACUGAAAUCAUUGCUCUGCAAGGAAAGCGUGAAGAAGAUGGAGCAGGAGAGAGAGAUGAGGAGGAAGGAGAAUCUAGCUCAGAGCCAGAAGAGGAGGAGGACCGGGACGCUGAUGGCGAUGAUGAGGAAGGGGAAGAAGAUGAUGAUGAUGGUGGUGGUGGCUUCUUGAAGCCAGGGCAAAGGGAGGGUCUCAGGCCCAAGAUGAUGGUCAACAUGUUCAGUGUCCUUGGAGAGAAUGAGUGUGAAUAGGCGGUGAAGAAAAAGGGGUUAUUUUUUCUUUCCCACAAUUUAUGCUGGUCACCCCCUUUCUUACCUCAUUCCAUUUAUUUCUCACACUUUCCUGUCAUCCAGAGAUUAUUCCUGCUUUGCCCCACUCUCUGGCUCUGGCUGCCUGUGGUCUGAGUUAUUCUGUUGUUUCUUCUUCUUCUCUUUAUAGUCUUCCAGACAUCUGAAAUCUUCUCAGUAAAAUUGCCUUUUCUCUACCUGCGUUUUAAGAGAUCCAACCUCCCUCCUAUUUUGAUAUUCCCUUAUUGCCAACCCCGCCAAUCUAUUUUGCAUACGGACAUUUCUGUUACACAGCUUUUAAUCUGCAGGUCAAGCCCUUAUUUCUCCUUUUGUGUUGGACAUCCACAUCACUAUUUUCCAUCCAAUAAUGAUUUUGGUUUCCUUUUUUGCAGUAUUAACUCAAGUUACUUCGACCAUAUAUUUCAUAAGACAAUUCACAGAGCCACUGAUAAUGCAAUCAUUUGUUUAUCGGUCACUUAUUGAUCAGUAACCUAACAGCUGUGAUGCCAAAGGUGCGUUGAUUCCCAGGGAGUUAUUAGUGUGCUAAUCCGCUGCAUACUAUGGUGGUUUGAGGGCUUGUAGUCCUGUACUCUAAACAGUGAAGUAGUGUUGUAACUACUGAUACUACAGUUUCGUGACCUACAGUACUACAUUACACAGAUGUGCUUGUUACGUAAUGCAAGGCUGUCAGAUUAUUGUAUGAAAUUCUACAGUUCCUUGACAAAGUUCUGUAGUGCUUCAUAAAUUUUACUGCAACGCAGUACUAUAUUGCAAUACUGUAGUACUGUAUUAUAAGAAAUUGUUCUGUGCUGUAAGACAAGUAGCAUUGCAGUGCACCAUUAGACAUUCAGAUCUAAAAGACUUGCUCUUUAGUAACACUCUACCAUCAGGGUGAAACUAACAGCUCUUGUCAUUACGUGUGUACCAAUCUAGGUGCGUGUUCAGCAUUCCUGAUUUCAUUCCUAAUUUACCCAACUCUGUUGGACCUUUUUUGCAAUGAAAUAUAAUGCUAUGACAUUAAAAAUUGACUUGUAA